GGCGAAGGUGAAACCCCAGGGGAACGAUGUUCUACUAUCCCAACGUGCUUCAGCGCCACACCGGCUGCUUCGCCACCAUCUGGCUGGCAGCGACGCGCGGCAGCCGGUUGGUGAAGCGCGAAUACCUAAAGGUGAACGUGGUGAAGACUUGCGAGGAAAUCCUCAAUUAUGUGCUGGUGCGAGUGCAACCCCCGCUGCCCGGCCUGCCGCGGCCCCGCUUCUCCCUCUACCUCUCAGCCCAGCUCCAGAUCGGCGUGAUCCGCGUUUACUUUCAACAAUGCCAGUACCUCGUAGAGGACAUCCAGCACAUCCUGGAGCGUUUACACCGGGCCCAGCUGCAGAUGCGCAUUGAUAUGGUAGAGGCUGACCUACCCAACCUGCUGCUUCCUAACCACCUGGACUUGAUGGAAACCCUGGAAGAUGCUCCAGACCCCUUUUUUGGGAUGAUGUCUGUGGAUCCCACACUUCCCAGUCCCUUCAAUAUCCCUCAGAUUCGACACCUCUUAGAGGCUGCAACCCCAGAGAGAGUCCCUAAAGAGCCUAGGAAACCAGAAAGGAUCCUGGUCACUGUGCUGUCUCCCGAGGCCAUCACCAUCCAGGAGGCGGAGCCCAUACGCAUGCUGCAGAUUGAGGGUGAACAGGAGCUCCCAGAGGUCAGCCGCCGAGACCUUGACCUACUGAUUGCUGAGGAAGAUGAGGCUCUCCUGUUAGAGGAACGUCGUAAGGCCCGCCUAGCACCAGAUGGUCAGGCCCCUGGCAUUGACAUCCUGGGCCUGUGCAGUGCUCCCCCUCUCCUCUUCUGCACACUGAGCCCUGAUCCUCUCUCUGCAGAGACCAAGGAGGAGCUCCGGGCCCCAGAGGGAGACACCAUAGUUCCCCCACUCUCGCCUCUAGCUCUUGCACAAGUGGAAGGGGCAAUAGAGCCACUUCCAGGCCAAUUGCUAGCCCCUGAAGAACUCAGGCUGGCAGGCUGGGAGCCCGGGGCCCCACUUACUGAGGUGACCCCUCCUCAAGAGCUGCGUCCACCAGCCCCACUCAGCCCAGAGCGGAGGAGGCCCCCAGUCUUCCCAACUCCUAGGAGUCCACCUGCUCGCCGCCGCCGCCGCCGCCGCCAGUUAUUGUUCUGGGACAAGGAGACUCAGAUUUCCCGAGAGAAAUUUCAGGAACAACUGCAAACCAGAGCCCAUUGCUGGGAGUGUCCAAUGGUGCAGCCUCCAGAAAGGACCACGAAAAGUCCUGCAGAGCUGUUUCAAACCCCAACUCACACGUGCUGGCUACCUCCAGAACUGCUGGCUCUCUGGACCCACUGUGCCCAGCCACCCCCAAGAGCACUCAGACGAAGGCCACCCCAGGAGCCUGAGGAAGAGGCUGCUGAGAGGGUUGUAGCAGCUGAGGAAAUAAGAAAGGCUGAAACUCCGAGUGAUAUUGAGGUGCUGAGGGAGGCUCAGGAGCCCAGUGGACCCCUCAUGCUGUCUUCAGAGCUCUCCCUAGAAGCAGCUGAGGAAGAGAAGUCCCGCAUCAGCCUCGUCCCCCUGGAAGAACGGUGGGCCUGGGCUGAGGCAGAGCAGCCAGAGCCCCCUGCUUUGCCCAUGGUACCUGAACUCCCUGAGGUACCCAUGGAGAUGCCUGUGGAGCUGCCCCCAGAGCCUGAGCUGCUCUCACUGGAGGCCGUGCACAGGGCAGUGGCCCUGGAGCUGCAGGCCAACAGGGAGCCUGAUUUCAGCAGCCUGGUAUCACCUUGCAGCCCCCGCAAAAUGGCUGCCCGUGUCUUCUACCUGCUCCUGGUGCUUGCAGCACAGCAGAUCCUACGUGUGGAACAAGAGAAGCCAUAUGGGCGCCUCCUGAUCCAGCCAGGGCCCCGAUUCCACUAUGGCUAG